AUGGAGCUAGAUAAUCAUUUGGUAUGGCUAUUGAUGAUACCUACAUUAGCUUCAAUUCAACAAAAUGAAGCUGAUUUGCUCUAUUCCAUUUUUAAACAAUUCCAUCUUAAAAUUCAACAUCACUUUGCUCGGCUCAUUCGAUCUUCUGAGAAUGGCACAAUGCUUCUUAUUUCUCAAAAAUCAUGGAAAAGGAUUUCCUUUCUUAAUACAGUAGCCACAACCAACAGUAAUUCCGGAUUAAUGGGCUAG